AAUUUUGAUCUUGCUAUGGUAGCAUUCCGUUGUGUUACCGCCUUGAAUGUCCAUAUUAACGCUGUUUUUGUUACCAUUCAAACUGGAUUGUUCUGCCAUAUUUAUUUUCUUGAGGUUGUUGUUUUGCUUGUUCAUGCUUAUUAUUUCUUAGAAAUUAUUGAACUUCAUCAACAGGAUUCAUUCACUCGCUGCUUUAAGUCAAAUCCUCCAGAGCCUUGGAACUGGAAUGUCUACUUGUUUCCUCUAUGGUGCUUGGGGGUGGUUAUUAGAUACGGGAUUCUUUUCACAGCAAGGGUUGUGAUCUUGGCAGCUGGAUGGGUGGUAUUCCUUUCGUCUUUCAUUCCUGUUCAUUUCCUAUUGAAAGGACAUGAUAAGUUGAGGCGGAAAUUGGAGGUUAACCUUGUAACCUUUUUUGUAAUAUAUGCGUACACUUCUGGGCCACAGACCAUGAUGCUGAGAUCCAGUCUUCUACAUAUCCACUUAGAAAAUAUUUGUCGUAGACGCUUGCAACAUUUUUGAUUUUCCAUCUCUGUUGAUGUUCAAAUGAUCUGACAUGUUGAAGUGAGUUUAGGUGGGUUAUGUGUUGUAGGGAGUAACUUCUACUCAAAUCUCAACUUAUUUCACUACAAAUCUGUAAAUUUGUCAACUUGGUUUGUUACUUUAGUUAGAAUCAGAUUUACCUUCAUUAAUUUUGGACUAGUUGCACUUAGAAUGGUGCAUGUCAUACUUCUGUGCUGUUGCAUUCUUCAACCUACUAAUUUCAUGUCAUUUCUCCCAAGUUGAUAAAGUGAUUAGAACUUUUUCUAAUUUUGUAGGAUUUGUAUUCAUUUGUCCUAGAACUAGUAUAAAUUUAUUGUUAUUGUAGCCGGCCAAUAAGAUUUUGCAAAUUCAUCUUGAUUUAUGUGUUAGUGCAUGAAAACCAUUGUCUUAACAUGCAGACCAGACCGGAUGGUUGGACCGGUUUAUACCUUAACUGGCCACAGAAACAGGUUGGGUUGCCUAGAAACCUGUUUUGGGCAAGAAACCAUUUGAACCAUCUGGUCUGAUUGCCCACACAUCCAGGUUGCACAUUUAUCCUAAUUGGAGCCGCGAGUUUGAGUAUUUGCAAGUAAAUGUUAAAAUUAGUUGCAUGGAGUUCAGUCAAGGUAUUUUGUAACAGAAAUGGUGGCUGUAAUGGCCAUCACCAUAACCUUUACAAUACGGGCUGUAAUG